UGGUUAACAAAUGUCAAAGUUUGACAAUUUUGAUAAGCGUUUUUCCUUGGCCGUGUUCUUUGGGUGAAUCAUUUUUUGCACUUUUUUGGAUUGUGCCUAGGAAUUCCUGAAUUUUACAAUACCUAUUUAAGAUUAUUCUUUUUCGACUAACAAAGGAAGAUAUGGCGAAAAAUACCUCUAGUUCAGCUUUCCGCAAAAUCGAUGUGGAUCAAUACAAUGAGGACAACUUUAAGGAGGAUGAAGCGGAUGCCAUAUCAGCGGUAGUAGGCCCAGAUGAGAACGAAAUAACAACACUUCUCACACAGGGCAAGUCAGUUGAAGCUUUGGUCAAUGUUUUACAGAAUGCACCCUUACGCUGCAAACAUCAGGUAGUAAAGGACAAUGCAUUGAAUAUAACGCUACGCGUCUUGCUCUCUAUCAAAUCGUCACAAAUGGAUCAGGCUGUGAAAGCACUCGAGCAAAACGAUUUAUUAGAUGUGUUAAUGAAGUACAUUUAUCGCGGCUUCGAGAUACCAUCUGAAGGUUCCAGCGGGCAUUUGUUGCAGUGGCAUGAAAAAGCAUUUGCUAAAGGUGGCGUAGGCUGUAUUGUGCGGGUGCUUUCCGAAACAAAUCGAGCAUAAGUUUCAAUACCGUUAAACAACAUACACUAGUACAUACAUAUAUCUGGGCAAACGAGAAGAGCAAACAACAAAUAUUUGAGCUAUUAAACCCAAUACUUCCAUAGCAGUACUAAGAUGAAUAAUCCCAGCAAACAUUUGGAGUCAUAAAUGAGUCUUUAAGGAGUCCCAUUUCGGAGCCUUUGUGCUCAUUAUGAGCUCAUUUAAGAGUCCGAAAUGAGGGUGUUUCCCUUACUGCGAAGGUCGUCCUAUAUGAGCUUAAAUUCAUACAUCAAAUGAGCCUCAAUAUGAGUCAUAUUGGACUCUUAUUGGCCUCAUAUACGGCUCAUUUUGGACUCUUUUUGAAGCUCUUAAAUGACUCUUAUUGGCCUCAUAAAUGCCUACUUUCGGAGCUCCUUGUAUGCUGUUCUGUGACUCUUAUUGGCUUUAUUCUUCAACUCUCUUAAUGAACUUACUUUAGAGCCAUGUUAGCAGGAAUUCAUUUCAAAUACUGUUGCAUAUUUAUAUAUAAACCUUUGCGCAUACAUAUAUACAUAUGUUCAUAUAUUGCAGCAUUCAUGUAAUAGCAGUUGCACAAUUGCAACUAAAUACGUCAGGAAUUGCGACAGUUUUAUCGAUUACCAACGUACUAGUAGGUAGUACAUAUAUAUGUAUUGAAGUUUUAACUAAUCCCCGCAAACAUAUUCUGAGCGCUCAGAAUAUAUGAGUCGGCAAGGAGUCCUAG